AUGCAUUCACAUCAUUCACACAGUGGACUGUACGUCAGCCACGCGGUGGACGACUUGGACCUGGUGGUGGCCAAGGCAUAUGUCAUGGGGUUUACCCAGUUCUGCUUAACGGAGCACAUGCCCCGAUUUGACUCCAAGUACAUGUACCCAGAAGAGAUUGUUAAGGGCUAUGAUUGUAAGACACUAAACACCAUAUUUGAGCAAUAUGAAACCCAUGCCCGCCGCUUGCAGCUCGAGUACAAGGAUAAGAUGAUGAUAUUAGUGGGGUUCGAGGUCGAAGGAGCAGACUUGGACCAUAUUGAACAUGCUGUAAAGUUAAAAAGUAGGUUUGACAUGAUAGUAGGGUCUGUUCACCAUGCGUUGGGUGAACCCAUUGACUUUGACGAGGACUUGUGGCGAAAGGCCCGGGAUCACACGGACCUGAAGACGUCCCGAGAGUUGUACAAGCGGUAUUAUGAGAUGCAACAUACUAUGAUAGACAAGCUUAAGCCUGAUGUGGUGGGACAUUUUGACUUGAUAAGUCUCUUUCAGCCUCAGGAUGAUGUAGACCCAACAACUGGCAAGAAUGUGAUGAAUAUAGACAUGGAGACUGACUGGCCUGAAGUUUGGGCCCAGAUCGUUAAGAACAUUGAAUUGGCAGCCAGUUAUGGUGGAUUAUUCGAGUUAAAUUCGGCUGCUAUAAGGAAAGGAUGGGCCACGCCGUACCCCAAGCCGGUGAUAGCCCACGCCAUCUUGGAUCACGGGGGGCGGUUCUGUUUGUCGGAUGACUCUCAUGGAAUGAAGCAGAUAGGCCUUAAUUAUCAUAAAGUGUUGGAGUAUGUCAAAGAGUUGCAGCUUAAAGAGGUGUAUUAUUUGGUUAGAGAAGAUCAUCACACAGUGGUGUGUAGCAUUCUGACACAAGAGUUGGAGAAACUGCCGUUCUGGGAUCAGUACAAAAACUAG